AUGGCUAAUAUCAUAGAAAAAACAAUGGUGUUGCUACAAACGCAAAUGAAUACACUCGAAAAGGAUAACAAACACUUAAGAAUGCAACUCUCAAACAAAACAGCAGAAUGCACAGAAAAAGAAAACACAAUCAAAACACUUAAAAACAUUCAACAGAAAUCUGUCGAAGUCAAACUUCAAGAACAGGAAAAGCCAACUCUUCUAAAAACAAUCGAAGUAACUGAAGAACACAAUGAAAAGCAAAUCCAACAGCCAAAAAAACAAAAAAGAACUACAAAACGCAAAACACACACAAAACCAAUUUCACAGAACCACCAAGCGCAGCUCGAGAGAGUUCGUGAGAAGCCACAUAAGACUGAGCAACCACCCAAAGCCGUUCCAAAUCACGCUGAAAAAGAAGAAAUAGAGACUCUAAUAUAUCCAAAGGAAGCAGACGUUUCUCAAAUACCUUUUAUAGAUCCCAAGAGUUGUAAACCAAUGUCUUCGAAAAAAGUGCAACUCACUCAACUUGAACAAUUGAAGAGUGUUGAACCAUCACAAACCCUUCAGUCCGACUCUCCUGUGUUAAAUUCGGUCAAAAAGAUGCAUGAGACGAUUCUUCAAAUGAAAAGUGCCAUGGAUAAGGAGUUAUAA